GUAUCUCCUACAAGCAAAAAUAUCAUAAUAAUAAAUAAAUAUCAUAAGUUCAGUGCAAAUUAAAACUUGUUUAUCAAUUUUAUAGUUCACGGAUAGAAUUUCGCUCGUGCAGGUGUAAGUGAGGCGAUCAAAUUGUAUUGACAAUCUAAAGGGUCAGUAGAACGCAGGCUUUAGUCACGGUUGGAGGCUUCCAGGCAUUGGCAGUUGCGAUUCACACGUACCAAGUUGAGCGCGCGCGCAGCCUGCGGAAGCCUCAAGCGGAUUUAGUGUUUGUUUUUCUUUUAUUGGUGCCAAAUAAUUCAGAAUGAAAAUACAUUUAAAAAUAUUUGACUUGGUUCCCGCGAGGCUCAAUAUAGGAGUGAUGAUGUUCUUCGCGUGUUGGAUCAACUACAUGCUGCGAGUGAACAUGAGUGUGAACAUCAUAGCCAUGGUGCCAGAGAAUAGGACCACAUCGGUGCAGAGCGAAUGCAAGGCCAUAGCGAACACUGAUAACUCGUUACAUAAUGAAACGUUUGUGGUUGUCACAAAGGAAGCACCGAGACAGCCUGAAGGUGUGGAGACUUUAGAAUGGACAACUCAAGAACAGGCUUAUGUACUCUCGGCAUACUUUUGGGGGUAUUCAGUGACCAGUUUCCUCAGCGCGCUGACGGCUGAGAUAUGGGGUCCCAGGAAGGUGGUGUUUGUAACAAUGAUAAUUUGUGGACUUCUGACUAUACUUUCUCCUCAAGCAGCGAAAUUUCAUUACAUGGCCCUCGUUGCAGUCAGAUUAGUGAUUGGACUUUUGGCGGGUUUCUUAUUUCCAGCAUUACAUGCCUUGGUGGCUCACUGGGCACCACCAACAGAGAAGGGCAAGUUUGUGAGUGCGUUGUUAGGAGGUGCCAUCGGCACUGUUGUCACCUGGUCUCUCACAGGACCCCUCAUUGAAAACUUUGGCUGGGAUUACGCUUUCUAUGUACCAGGAAUAAUUUCCAUUGUAUGGUGUGGUGCGUGGCUUUUGCUGGUAUACGAUUCACCUGAACUUCAUCCCAGAAUAAGCGAUCAAGAAAAGGAAUAUAUUUUAAAGGCGAUCGGCGAUAAAGUAAAGCAAAGAUCGGAAGACAAGGUUUGCGGAUACAUUUUAUAUUUCUAG